AUGAAUAUAAAAAGAAGAGGAGGCAAUGCAUGCUUUAAAUUAGACAUCUCUCAGGCAUAUGAUACUCUGAGCUGGGAUUAUCUCAUUUUGGUUUUAAAGAAAUAUGGUUUCUCUACUAUCUUCUGCAACUGGAUUUUAGUGCUUCUCAAGACUACAAAGAUAUUUAUCAUGAUUAAUGGUAGACAUGUGGGUUAUUUUGGUGUUGGAAGGGGCCUCAAACAAGGAGAUCCAUUAUCUCCAAUUCUGUAUGUGAUUGCAGCUGAUAUUCUUAGUAGAAAUAUUCUUCAAUCAAUCCAGGAAAAUAAGAUACAACCAAUGAUUAUCAGAAAAGGUAUUCAUCCUUCUCAUCUCUUUUUUGCAGAUGACAUUUUUAUUUUUUGCAAUGGUGGAAAAUCUAGUUUACUUCAUUUGAAAAAGCUUCUCAUCGAUUAUCAAAGAGCUUCAGGGCAAACAGUGAGCGCCACUAAAAGCAAGUGCUUUGUAGGAGGUACUUAUUUGGUCAGAGGUAAUCAAAUUGCUGAUAUUAUGAACAUGAAGUUGUCUUCUUUUCCUGAUAAGUAUUUAGGUGUCACUCUUGUGCAAGGAAAAGUUAAAACUGAACAUUUAUGGUCAUUUGUUGAAUUACUUAAGAGAAGACUUGCUUCAUGGAUUGGGAAUCUACUAGCAUUUCAGGCAAGAAUUACAAUCAUUAAAUUUGUUCUCAGUAGUAUUCCUCUAUACAAUAUGUCUACGUGUAAAUGGCCAAGAAAAGUGAUUGAUGCUUGUGAAAGGAUUAUUAGGAAUUUCCUUUGGAGUGGUAAUGCUGAAGAUAGAAAAUGUGUCACAAUAUCUUGGGAUCAAGAUUUCAAUGAUCAUACUAGAUGGAUAGUGGGCAAUGGAGACAAAAUAUCAUUUUCGAUGGACACUUGGAUCUUGAAGCAAAGCAUAAUCAAAUCAUUCCCAGAUAAUGCUUACAUUAAACAACAUAUCAACAUGAAGAUUCUUUGGAGCUGGCUUGGAGACAUUUUUGCUUUCAAGAAUCCCAAAUCUUUUGAAAACAUAUUAUACUGUGGAAAAUCCAGGAGUUCAGUGGUGCAAGAAAUUUGGAUGAUUCUUGCUUUUAAUGUGAUGGUGGAUAUUUGGUUCACCAAAAAUAAGGCUUUCUUUGAGAAUAUGGCUCAGAUAAAGAUGAAAAUCCCCAAAAUCAUUGAAUGCCAAUUUCAGCUACCUGAUGAAAAUACUAUAUUGUUUUGCUGUGAUGGAGCAUCAAGAGGUAAUCCUGGAAUCUCUGGUUAUGGUUUUAUUGUUAGAAAUUUUUCUGGACAGUUCAUAGCUGCUGAAAGUGGUGGUCUUGGUAUUACAACAAACUUUGUUGCUGAAGUCAUGGGAACAUUGUGUGCUCUGGAAUGGACAAUCCAACAUAAAAAACUCCAGGUGAUUGUUAAUUCUGAUUCAAAGGAAGCCUUAUCUGUCUUCUGCACCAAAAAUUUACCAUGGAAUGACGUAGUUAAGGAAUUGCUUCAACACUUUUCACAUAUGAGUAAAUCCUCUAAACCUGCUUCUCCUGACCUAUAUUUGCAUUGCAUUCAUCCUUGUGUUACUCAUGAGGAUAACUUGAUGUUAAUUGCUAGACCUGCUCCUGAAGAGGUUAAUGAAGAUGCUGUGGCUAGACAGAUUACUAACCAUGUCAAUGAUUGGCAUCUUUCUUUGCAGAUUGCUAAUAACAACGGACAUGUGACAGUGCAAUCAAACGCUAAUCAAUUUUGGACACCUCCCACUCAAUAUUUUGUGAAAAUUAACUUUGAUGUUUCCUUUGUUAAUAGCUUUUCACCAUUUGGAAUUGGACUAAUUGCUAGGAACAAUGCUGGUACUUGCACUAUAGCCAAAGGAUGCACAAGGACAAAAAUUGAAUCGGAACAAGCAGAAGCUGCAACGUUUCUAGAAGCGGGCUACUACAAGUAA